GCCGCCUGCCCCCCGCCUGGGGCGCUCAGCCUCCCCACUCCAGGGCACCGUCCUCACUGCCUGCAGAGAUGCCGUGUGGACAGACGGAGAAGCUCCGGGCUCCACGGACCGCUGACCCAGGAAACCGGGAAGCCGGGGCUCCAGCAGGCCAAGGCCACGCCAGCAACCCCAGCACCAGGAGGCAGGAACCAGGACCAGAGCCUGCAUCUCAGCCUGGACGGCUCCUGGAAGGAGCAGGGGGCAGGACGGGCAGCCACCGAGGUCCACCCUCACUGCCCCUGCACUGUCAGCCUUAUCCUGGCGUGUGUCACUCGGGGGCCUGGCGAAGGAAACGGUCACCGUGGGCCGGACAGGCGUGGACGGGAGUGGAGGAGGGUCGCGGUGAGGAGGGAGGGCGCGGCCGGCUCAGGUACAGGGCAGGGCCGCACGGAGCAUCUGGACGCCCAGGCAGCGUCCACGGAGGGAGUGAGAUGGGACGAGAGGGGCCUGCCACUCCGCCAUUCCCAUGGCAACAGUAUCUCCCAUCCCACAAGCUCUUCCAGAACCUUGUCAUGCAUGUCCUCACCCCUUGCCCCUGGGCAAGCCGUUGUGACUUUCCAAUUAUAUCACGUGGAGGAAGUCACUUGCUGUAACCUCUAGGCUCCCCCUUGUCCUCUGGA